AUGACUUCUCUUGGAUCAUCCGCAAUGGCCACUUCAUUUUCGGGAUCUUACAUGUCCAUCUAUGAUACCGAUUUAGCACAUGUGCUUGAACACAGUACUGAUCAAACGAUUGGCUUGAUUGAUCUAGUGCAAGGAACUGCUCAACUCUGUGUGGAUAGUGAGGAAUCGUUCGUGUUGAGAUCCUCGUCAUCAUCCUCAAACCGAUAUCGGGUCAUUCAUCUCAAGAACAAGAUCGAUACGUUGAACGAUGUCGAAGUAUUUCAUUAUUAUUGCCAAAUGGGAGAUUUGUAUCAAAUCACACGAUUGCUCUCAUCAAAGAAAAAAGUUUUGAGUCAAAAGUGCAGAUAUGCAUUUCCUUUAUUUACAGCCAUUCAUUUCAAUCAAAAUGAAGUGGUGAAGGAAUUAUUGCGACAAGGGGCUUGUCCUUUUGAACAUGGAUAUGAAGAGAAUAGUCGUGAUGCCAUUUCUCAAAAUUUUGAAAGAGGUUUCUUUUCUGAUGGAGAGCAUAAUAUUGAAAUUUCAUGCUUGUAUGAAGCAGUGCGAGUACAAAAUUUGGAAAUUGUGAAAUUACUAUUAAUGGAAUACUCGAAAAAUUCCUCUCAAAAAUUGUCUCGAGGAAGAAAAUUAUCGUCCUAUCAUACCAAUUCAGCAAUGAAAGAAUCACCAUUAUAUCUGGCAUGUAAACUUGGAAAUUUGGCAAUUAUUUCAGAAUUUUUUAAUCCAACUUAUCAAUUGCUGUCACGCAUUGACUUUUUCCAUGGCAGUUCUUUAUAUUCUAAAACCUUUACUUUGACACUAUUUCAUGCUGUGAGCGAAGUGGGAGGAAAAAAUCUAUUGGAACAAGAGAAAACGAGUACUGAGAUUAUGAAAAUUCUUGCACCCAUGUACAAACUGCAGAGAAUUCAACAACAAGUGCAAAGGAAAGAUUUGCAAUCGUAUCCAAUCAAUGAUCACGCUAUCACUUCCAACCCAAAGGACUCAAUAUCACAUUCAACGACACCAAAUUAUUUGAAGUCCUUUACUGAUGAAUUCUCAAUUCAUUCGUGUCUCAACAUUUCUAAAGUGAAAAUUGCCACUCGUUUUUCCAAACUUGUUGUGAAUAGUCCAUUAUAUUUGGCCAUUUAUAAUGAAAAUGAUUCUCUCACUCGAUACUUACUUUCCAACCAUUUAUCCUUAAUCGACAUUUCUUUAGGAGAAAUUGGAAAGGAUGGAAAGUUGUUUUUUACGGAACCUUGUCUCUACAUUGCGAUUAUUAAGAGGAGUCUUCAUGCCAUAAUUUCCCUAUUAAGAGCACAUCCAAAUAUUUACAAGGACGAGGAAUUGGAAAACUACAGAAAGCUCUCUUUCCAAGAAGGUUUUUCUUUCGACAAGAUGAUCGACAUUGCCUUAUAUUUUUCGAACCACAUGAAACAGAUGGUGACAAGUGUCAUCUUUUCUGAUAUUCAUCUUGUAUCGAUCGAUGUUCCUCUUCCAUUUUACUUUUAA